AUGGCGGCGGCAGCACCGCCCACGUCAGCGGGGCCGCGGCCAUGGCGGCGCGGGGCGCUGAGGCGGAGGCCGAGGCGCUGUUCGAGACGCACACGGCGGCCGAGCUGCGGGCGGUGGAGCGGCAGCUGCGGGCCGGCAUCGAGCAGAAGCGGGAGGAGCUGCGACAGAUGGUGGGCGAGCGCUACCGCGACCUCAUCGAGGCGGCCGACACCAUCGCCGAGAUGCGUCUCAGCGCCCAGCGGCUCCUGGGCGCCGUGCGGGGCCUGCAGCGGGGCGGGGCGGCGCGGCGGGGCCCGGCGGCUCAGCCGCCGGCUCAGGACAGCUUCUACCGGGCAGCAGCACAGCUCAAGCUGCUGCUGGAGGUCCCUGAGAAGGUGUGGGGGGCUGUGGAAGCCGGCCGGUUCCUGCCUGCUGCCCGGCUCCACCUGCUUGGUGGCCACCUCCGCCAGCAGCUGCAGCUCGAUGCUCCCCGUGCCCGCUCCAGCCCCAUCCUCGCCCGCUUCCCCAUCCUCCUGCGACAAGUGGCUGCUGCCAGCCACCUCAGAUCCACCAUCCUGCAGGAGAGCAAGUCCUUGCUGAAGAGCCAGACAGUGUCAGACGAGGCAGUAGCAGAAGCCCUUUGUGCCAUCAUGCUCCUGGAGGACAGCUCUCCACGCCAGGCCCUCGCCGACUUCCUCCUGGCCAGGAAGUUGGCCAUUCAGCAGCUUCUCAACCAGCCACACCAUGGUGCUGGUAUAAAGGCUCAGGUGUGUUCACUGAUGGAGCUGCUAACCACUACACUGUACCAGGCUCACGCUGUCUUCUACACCGUACCUGAAGGGAUGCCACCAGAUCCAGCCCUGCCCUGCGGCUUGCUCUUCUCCACCCUGGAGAGCACCACAGGCCGGCACCCAGCAGGGCGAGGUGGGGUUCUGGAGGAUGAGGUGAAGCUGAGCAGUUGGUUCAAGUACCUCCCAGAGUCCGUGGUAGAGUUCCGGCCAGCCCUGCGGACCUUGGCACACCCCAUCAGCCAGGACUACCUCAGAGACACGCUGCAGAAGUGGAUCACCAUGUGCAGCGAUGACAUCAGGGCUGGAGUCAGCAACCUGCUCAUCUAUGUGAAGAGCAUGAAGGGCCUCGCUGGGAUUCGAGACGCAGUGUGGGAGCUGCUCACGAGCGAGUCCGUAAGCCAGAACUGGGAGGCUGUGUGCCGUCGCCUCUUGGACAAGCCGGUUUCCUUCUGGGAGGAGCUGCUGCAGCAGCUCUUCCUGGACAGGCUAGAGACACUGACCAAGGAAGGGUUUGACUCCAUCUCGAGCAGCUCCAAACAGCUUCUCACCUUAGCCUUGCAGGAACUUGAAGUCAAAUCCAGCACCUCUGCCCUGAACAAGCACAUCCAGUUUGAACAGAAUGUGGCCCUGUUCCUGUGGUCCGAGAGCUCCAGCGACCUGCCUUCCGACGCCGCUUGGGUCAGCGUGGCAAACCGCAGCCACUUUGCCAAGAGUGGCCUGUCCAUGAAGGCCCAGGCACUCACGCCGUGUGUGCAGAGCUUCUGCUCGGCUCUGGACUCCAAGCUGAAGGCCAAAUUGGAUGAUCUCCUGUCCUACCUUCCCACAGACUCUUCAGCCACCAAGGAGGCUGCUCCCGUGGUGCAGCCACACUCUGCCUUUGACCGCUACGCUGAUGCCACCACGGUGGAGGGACUGCUCCGUGACCACUGUGUUGCCUGCAUCCACCACGUGCUGGGCUGCAUGCAGGAAGAGCUCCAGAGUGCCCAGAGCCUGCUAGGGGGACAAGUGGAUGCUCCUAGCAAUGUCAGACUCAACGCUGUCCUCUUCAUGGCGAGACUCUGCCAGUCCCUGACUGAGCUCUGCCCUCACCUGAAGCAGUGUAUCCUCGGCCAGUCGGGCAGCACGGAGACAGCGCUGAAGGAAACCCGCUCCACCAAGAAGCUGGGGAAGGGGAAAGCCCAGGAAGUGACACCUGUGCAGGCCAAGUGGCAGGGCGUGAAGGCAGAGCUCCUGCAACAGAGCCUCUUUGCUUACCAGAUAUGGAGCUCAGCUGUCACCAAAGGUCUGGUUCAGUGCUUUACCCACACGUUGCUGCUCGACACAGCUGGCUCUGUCUUGGCCACAGCCACCAGCUGGGAUGAAACUGAAAUUCAGGAGGAGACAGAGUCUGGAAAUAGCGUAACGUCAAAGAUCCGGUUGCCCGUGCAGCCAUCCUGGUAUGUCCAAUGCCUCCUCUUCAGCCUGUGCCAAGAGGUGAACCGGGUCGGUGGCCACACUCUUCCAAAAGUCACCCUGCAGGAGCUGCUGAGGACCUGCAUGGCAGAAGUACUUGCUGCUUAUGAAAAGCUUGUGGAAGAGAAGCAGGAGAAGAAAGCAGACACCUUCCCCAUGACCCAGAACAGAGCUCUGCAGCUGCUCUAUGAUCUGCGGUACCUGAGUAUCAUCUUGACAGCAAAGAGCGAGGAAGCAAAAACCAGCAGGAUCAAGCAUGACUCCAGGAUCGAGAAGGUGACCGACUUCCUGGAGGCACACAUAGAUCCCUUUGACCUGGAUGUUUUUACUCCACACCUGAACAGCAACCUUAAUCGCCUGGUUCAGCGAACCUCCGUUCUCUUCGGCUUGCUGACCGGGACAGAGAACCAGUACACGAGCCGCAGUGGUGCUAUGAGCUCCCAGGAGCUCCACAACAUCUUGCCGUUGGCCUCCAGCCAGAUCAGAUUUGGACUUCUGCCGCUGAGUAUGUCGAGCUCACGGAAGAGCAAGUCUGCUACCAGGAGCACAGAAAGAGUUCAGUGGGAUGCUGACCCUUAACUCCUGAUGAAGCCUGGCUGGGGUUCCGCCUCCUGCGCUCACAAGAGUGGAAGAUGAGGCAUCGCGCCCCGGCUCGCUGUUCAGGCAGCUCGUAACCGAGGAUGAAGAUACAGCUGCAUCUUCGCUCUUCAAGCUGGGAUGGCUUUCUGGCAUGACCAAGU